CGGGCGGGAGGAAGGGCGGGAGGGAGCCGGCCCCACGCAGGGAGGGCGACCGCAGCGGCCGGAGCUGCGCGGCCCCGCGGCGGGGAGCGGAGCGCGGCACCCCCGCUCCAGUCUGCCGCUUUCACGCGCGGGUACUGAGGCAACCGACUUGCCGGGGAGGAGGUCGCCUCUCAGCCCCUCAUCGCCGGCAGCUCUGGGCCACCUGUGAGUUUUCUGCCUGGCGGGUGCUGUUGCUGCUUACCUGGCAGAUGUUCCCAGACUGAGAAUGGCAUGGUGCCGAGGACACUGAAGUAAACGUGUUUAAUCCCCCUUUCUUUGCUGCUGAUACUGGAAAGCUUGAUUACUCGCCUCAGUGUUCCUGUAUAGAAGACCAGUUGCUGACCUUGAGACCUGCAAACAAAAAAGAAAGAGAAGCCAUUAACUCACCUUGUUCAGAGAGAACACUAAAUCAGCACAAUAUGGCACAGCCUAGUAUUGUCCUUGGAUUAUUCGUGAUGGCGGUUUUAUCACUGUUGGAUGGAAGUUCAGCUUUCCUGUUAAAUCAGCGUCUGAAGGGAAGAUUUCAAAGAGACCGUAGAAACAUCCGCCCAAACAUCAUCCUUGUUCUUACUGAUGAUCAGGAUGUAGAACUUGGUUCUAUGCAAGUGAUGAAUAAAACAAGGCGGAUCAUGGAACACGGAGGUGCUCAUUUCAUCAAUGCCUUUGUGACAACACCUAUGUGCUGCCCAUCUCGCUCCUCUAUUCUUACGGGGAAGUACGUCCACAACCACAACACUUACACUAACAAUGAGAACUGUUCUUCUCCAUCCUGGCAAGCUCAGCAUGAAAUACGUACAUUUGCAGUGUACCUCAACAACACAGGAUACAGGACAGCUUUCUUUGGAAAGUACCUUAAUGAAUACAAUGGCUCCUAUGUGCCUCCUGGCUGGAAAGAAUGGGUUGGAUUACUUAAAAACUCUCGAUUUUACAACUACACGCUCUGUAGAAAUGGAGUGAAGGAGAAACAUGGAUAUGACUACUCCAGGGAUUAUCUAACUGAUCUGAUUACCAAUGACAGUAUUACCUUCUUCAGAAUCUCAAAGAAGAUGUAUCCUCACAGGCCUGUACUGAUGGUUAUAAGCCAUGCUGCUCCUCACGGCCCUGAAGAUUCGGCCCCUCAGUACUCACAUCUCUUUCCUAAUGCCUCACAGCACAUCACUCCCAGUUAUAACUACGCUCCAAACCCAGACAAGCACUGGAUAAUGAGGUAUACGGGUCCCAUGAAACCUAUACACAUGGAGUUCACUAACAUGCUACAGAGAAAGCGCCUUCAAACCCUCAUGUCCGUGGAUGACUCUAUGGAGAUGAUUUACAAUACGUUGGUUGAAACAGGUGAACUGGACAAUACAUAUAUAAUAUACACAGCAGACCAUGGUUAUCACAUUGGGCAGUUUGGGCUGGUGAAAGGAAAGUCCAUGCCAUACGAGUUUGAUAUCAGAGUUCCUUUCUAUGUCCGAGGUCCAAAUGUGGAGGCUGGGUCCUUGAAUCCUCACAUUGUGUUGAAUAUCGAUCUCGCACCUACAAUUCUAGAUAUUGCUGGAUUGGAUAUUCCAUCUGAUAUGGAUGGUAAAUCAAUUCUAAAGCUUCUGGACUCUGAGAGACCAGUGAAUAGGUUCCAUUUAAAGAAAAAGAUGAAGGUGUGGAGAGACUCGUUCCUAGUAGAAAGAGGUAAACUGCUGCAUAAGAGGGAGAAUGAGAAGGUAGAUGCCCAAGAAGAAAACUUUCUACCCAAAUACCAGCGUGUGAAAGACCUCUGUCAGCGAGCCGAGUACCAAACGGCUUGUGAACAGCUUGGCCAGAAAUGGCAGUGUGUGGAAGAUGCCAGUGGAAAGCUCAAGCUACACAAGUGCAAGGGAAUGGCGAACUUGGCAGCUGCAGGCAACAGCAAAAGCGCCUCCAAUAUUUUGCCCAAGUAUUACAACAGGAAUAGUGAAGACUGCAAUUGUGAGGAGAAUGAAUACAAGCUGAGCCAUGUCGGACGGAGAAAGAAACUAUUCUCCAAGAAAAAAUACAAACCAAGCUACGUCCGCAACCGCUCGAUCCGUUCUGUGUCUGUUGAGCUGGAUGGAGCCGUGUAUAACUUGGGGUUAGAGGAUGGCUACCAACCUGUCUUACCAAGAAACAUCACCAAGCGGCACAAGAUGCAGAGGGCUCUUCUUCGUGAGGAGGAAGACAAAGACGUGGGGGAAUACAGUGGCACUGGCGGCAUUGCAGAGUAUACAGCCCCUAACCUAAUAAAAGUGACUCACAGAUGCUAUAUCCUGGAGAAUGACACCGUUCAGUGUGACACAGACCUGUACCGGUCACUGCAAGCUUGGAAGGACCAUAAACUUCACAUUGACCACGAGAUUGAAACUUUGCAAAACAAAAUAAAAAACCUGAGGGAGGUGAGAGGUCAUCUGAAGAAGAAGCGACCUGAAGAGUGCGAUUGUAACAAGAUAAGUUACCAUGCAAAACACAAGAGCAAGCUGAGGCACAAGGGUUCCAGUCUUCAUCCUUUCAAGAAAGCCCUACAGGAGAAGGACAGGCUCUGGCUGCUUCGAGAGCAAAGACGGAAGAAGAAACUGCGCAAACUGCUUAAGAGAAUCAAAAACAACGACACGUGCAGCAUGCCUGGUCUGACCUGCUUCACCCACGACAACCAGCACUGGCAAACUGCUCCCCUGUGGACACUGGGCCCUUUCUGUGCCUGUACCAGUGCCAACAACAACACGUACUGGUGUUUGAGGACAAUCAACGAGACCCACAACUUCCUGUUUUGUGAAUUUGCUACUGGAUUCUUGGAGUAUUUUGACCUCAAUACCGAUCCGUAUCAGCUAAUUAAUGCAGUGAAUACACUAGAUAGAGACGUUCUCAAUCAACUGCACGUCCAGCUGAUGGAACUAAGAAGCUGCAAAGGGUAUAAACAAUGCAAUCCGAGAACUAGGAACAUGGAUCUGGGACUUAAAGAUGGCAGCUACGAGCAGUACAGGCAGUUUCAGCGUCGAAAGUGGCCAGAUGUGAAGAGACCAUCAUCUGCCAAGUCACUAGGACAACUGUGGGAAGGAUGGGAAGGCUAACCUCCCCUGACCGCCGCACCUCCAUGAGGACCCAAACUGGCCAGGACUUGAAUCCAUGUACAGACUAAAAGAAAACGUGUAUGACUUCAGAAAGAAUUGUAAUAUUAGCCUGCAGGACUGGAUAAACUUUGAGGCUGAAAUAGAUAGAAUGUUUGCACUGGUGAGUGAAUUAAAUAGAAGCAGUGAAAUUGUGGGAAAGGCUGUCAGAAAUACAGGUCUCCGAAAUCCACUGUUGUACCUGCUUUUGCUUUGGAUUAUACCUCACCUGCUUCACAAGACAUUUUACUUCAAGACGACACCACUAACACGGACCCAGGGACUGACGGAGGAGGAAACACAGCCACAGCCCAAAAAGGAUUCCCAGCCCCAGCGGGCAAAGUGUACACACGGACAGCAGAAGGAAACUUGAAUCUUUCUUCCGUUCAACUUCAAAGCCAAGUAUAACUCUAAAGCAAGACUGAGAAAAGAUGGACGCUUUUGCUUCUAACUGAGGUAAAGGUAAUGGUGGAAAAGAACUCUUAAGAGAUUGAGGAAGUGAAGCGAGCAGCAUUGAAUAUUCUCAACACCAUCAUACUCCUCAACUUUCCUCUGAGGAUACGUUUUAGUUCCACGUGUAUUUGUCCAUCCACUUGACACCUCUAGGAAAAUUAGGGAAAAUCUUGACUAACAGGACGCCAGAUUUUUGGAGGGGUUGUGUAAAUAUUGAUCAAUAUACUGUUUGAAAAUGAAUUCCUUCAGGUUGUGAAGAAUUUUGUUAAUAAAAAGAGUGGAAUGCCCACACA